AUGAGGAAUCACACAGAGCUGAAUGAAUUUAUUCUACUGGGAAUACCUCAGGCAGAGGGAUUGGAGACGGUGCUCUUCGUCAUUUUCUCAUUCAUUUACCUCUUCACCAUGAUUGGCAAUUUACUCAUCUUUACAGCAAUUGUUUCAUCCUCUGCCCUUCACACUCCCAUGUAUUUCUUCUUGGGACUUUUAUCUAUUUUUGAUGUAUUGUUCCCAUCUGUAACCUGUCCCAAGAUGCUAUUCUAUCUCUCUGGCCAGAGCCAAGCCAUUUCUUAUAAGGGAUGUGCUGCACAGCUCUUCUUUCAUCAUUUUCUGGGAUCUACUGAAGGCUGCCUCUAUUCUGUGAUGGCUUAUGAUCGCUUUGUUGCCAUCUGUCACCCACUGAGGUAUAUGCUCAUCAUGAGACCUGGAGUCUGUGUUGGUUUGGUCAUGGCAGCCUGGUUGGUGGGUUGUCUUCAGGCCACCAUCCUGACCUCCUUUACCUUUCAGUUAACCUAUUGUGGCCCCAAUCGGGUAGACUACUUCUUCUGUGACAUUCCUGCUGUCUUACCCCUGGCUUGUGCCGACACCUCCCUGGCCCAGAAAGUGGGUUCCGCUAACGUUGGUUUUCUGGCUUUAAUGCUUUGGUUCAGUGUUUGUGUCUCCUACACACGCAUUGGGAUUGCCAUUUUGAGAAUUCGUUCAGCAAAGGGCAGGCAGAAGGCUUUCUCUACCUGCAGUGCCCACCUCACUGCAAUCCUCUGUGCCUACGGACCUGUAAUCAUCAUCUACCUGCAGCCCACACCCAACCCUUUGCUUGGUGCCGUGGUGCAAAUAUUAAAUAAUGUAGUCUCACCCAUGCUGAACUCGUUAAUCUAUUCCUUAAGGAAUAAAGAAGUGAAAAGAUCCCUAAAAAGGGUACUCUACAAUGUAAUAUUUACUGCUCUGGAAUAA